AUGGCAUUUAUCUUCACCUGUGGAACUCACACUUUCAACUCGCUGCUACAGGGUUACGAAAGCAUUACGGCGCAAUGCCAGAACUGUGGCAACUUUAGUGCUAAAGUGUACAAGCGCUGGGAGUGGUUCACCUUCUGCUUCGUUCCUCUCAUCCCCUUCUCACUCAAGCCACACCAUGAAGUCGGUUGCCACAUCUGCCACUUCUACCAAGACGUCGUGCAUCGACCAGAUGUGCAACAAAUGAUGAACAAUCCGCAAUCAGUUCCGAUGCAACCGCAGCAGCCUUACGGAGCUCCACCUCAGCAAUACAAGGCACCGCAAGGACCUCCUCAAUAUGUCUGA